AUGGGUAUCGUGGAGAAAAUUAAGGAAAUUGAGGCCGAAAUGGCUCGGACUCAAAAGAAUAAAGCCACUGAGUACCAUUUAGGAUUGCUCAAGGCCAAACUUGCCAAAUACCGUCAACAACUCUUAGAGCCUACCGGUAAGGGAGGUGCAAAGGGAGAAGGGUUCGAUGUAAUGAAGAGUGGAGAUGCCAGAGUUGCCAUGGUUGGAUUCCCAUCCGUCGGUAAAUCUACGUUAUUAUCCUCUAUGACCAACACUACCUCCGAAGUAGCUAGUUAUGAAUUCACAACCCUCACUUGUAUUCCUGGAGUUAUCAACUAUCAGGGAGCUAAUAUCCAAUUGCUCGAUCUUCCAGGAAUUAUCGAGGGUGCCUCACAAGGAAAAGGUAGAGGUCGUCAAGUUAUCUCAGUUGCCAAAACUGCUGACUUAAUCCUGAUGAUGUUGGAUGCGGGUAAAAGCGAUCUUCAGAAAUCUUUAUUAGAGAGGGAACUUGAGGCUGUUGGAAUCCGUUUGAACAAACGUCCACCACACAUCUAUGUGAAGCCGAAAAAGAUGGGAGGUGUCAAGUUCACUCAUACUGUACCUCUGACUCAUUGCAACGAGAAAAUGAUCAUGAACAUCCUUCACGAAUAUAAAAUUUUCAAUGCUGAUGUUGUUUUCAGAGAAGAUUGCACUGUCGACGAGUUUAUUGAUGUGAUUGUGGGUGGAAGAGUUUAUCUUACGUGUCUCUAUGUUUAUAACAAAGUUGAUCAAAUAUCCAUCGAAGAGGUUGAUCGUUUGGCUAGGCUUCCCCAUCAUAUAGUGAUAUCAUGUGAAAUGAAUCUAAAUAUGGAUUAUUUACUGGAAAAAAUCUGGGAGUAUCUUGCAUUAGUUCGUGUUUACACGAAGAAACCAGGAAAUGCUCCCGACCUUGGACCAGAAGAUGGUAUAAUCCUUCGACAAGGAGCAACAGUUGAACACUGUUGUCACGCUUUACACAGGACUUUGGCUGCACAGUUCAAAUAUGCUAUCGUGUGGGGAACAAGUACCAAAUUCUCUCCUCAAAGAGUAGGUAUCCAUCACAAGUUGGACCAUGAAGAUGUUAUCCAAGUUGUUAAGAAGUAA